UCGCAACUGAUUUAAAUUAAUGAUAAAAUAGCAGCAAAAUCAUACAAGACUGACCACCAACCAGAGACUUCUGUGUCCUCAUCAUUAACAAACCCGCGAGUGAUGCUGUUGCAAUAAUAAAUCAAAUACAGUGAUUUUAUUUGUGUUACAACGUCGACAUAUCUCGUCGAAUGUAAAUGAAACACAUUGAAGUAAAUUAAAUAAGACAAGCGAAGAAAAUAAGUGUAAUUGGAUUACAAUCACUACAAUUAUUAUAUCAAUUGGAUAAUUUUAUACUGCAGGAAUUUCUUCAUUUUAUCGUUCAAGCAGAGAAUAAAAAAAAAUAAGAUAAAAUUAAAUAAAAUCAAAGUUCGCUGAUUCAUUGCAUUGCGUGCAUUUUUUUCAUGGAAAAGAUCUGACCGAAACAGAAUGAUUUACGAAAAAAUGCUCCCCAGGAAUUAACUUUUACCACAAAAUAAAAACUAAAAAAGGAUAAAAACCCAAAUAAAUCAAAAAAAUGGAACACAAAAUCACAAUUUUAAUCUUUUUUCUCACCAUCGUGGGACUCCAGAGCACAAGCGGAGGCAAGAUACCCCGAAGCAGUAUCGAUGUCGUCGAUAUCAGACUAGAAAGCAACAAAAGUCUCGAUCAACAUGUCCUGAUAAACCAACGAGUGAUGCUGAGGUGUCCUUUUGAGCAACCACUAUGGUACAGAAAUGGCUUUUUUGUUCCGCGCCAAAAGAAAACCAAAGGCGUUCGUUUGGAUCAAAUCCGCAAACAAGACUCCGGCGAAUAUAGUUGCCAAUCUCCAGAAUCGGGUUUCUGGGCCAACAUAACCAUCACAGUAGAUGCCGAAUACGCUCCUUUCCCCGAUAAAAUGGAAAUCCAAUCUCUGGUCGCGGAAAAUUUACAACUUACCGACGUGCAAGCCGAAGACAUUCACACCUCGAAUGCGGGCCUCGAUGACUCCGAAACCUAUGGAACAGUUACUUACCAAGACCCGAACGAACCAAAAGCGCCACAUUUCAAACGAGAAUCCGAGCUGCAUAAAUUAAUCUCAAAACCAUCGGGAAAUAUGUUCCGCUUCCGAUGCCUGGUCGAAGGAAAUCCCGAACCGAAUAUCACGUGGACCAAGGACAACAAAAAAAUCGAACGAAAAAUGGGAAAAGUUAAACAAGCAAAAUACGCGAUCACGUUGGAGGAACUUGUGCCCGACGAUUCGGGAAUUUACAAAUGUGAGGCUUGCAAUUCCGAGGGAUGUGUUGAUUGGAGUACGAAAUUGGAAGUGCAAGAUCGAUUCCCGGCAAGACCAUACGUGAAAGAAGGUUAUCCACGAAAUGUAACAGUCCUGGUUAACACAAGCACCUUCUUUACAUGCCCAAUUAUCUCAGAUUUAGCGCCACAUGUUGUGUGGUAUAGCGUUCAAAUAAUUAACGAAACUGACCUGAGAAAUAUUUCGAACGAAUUUUUAAUGAAGCGCGACGAUGACAAUCCCGAAGUACUAAAACUCGAAAAUGUCACGUACGAAGACGAAGGAUGGUACAGUUGUGUCGCCACAAACACUUUGGGAACAACUGCUGCUUCCGCUUACUUGUCUGUCGUCGAUGAAUUUCCCGUUGAGCAAGUUCCGCAUCCAAAAUUGCAUCCAUACGUCAAUUUUAUCGCAGCUUUGUUGGGCAUUAUUUUCUUCGUUUGUGUGGCGAUCUUUUUCGUGACCUACAAAAAAAUGAAACACGAAAAGAUGAAGCAUCGAGCGAUGGAACGGGUGAAUGCCUGGACCAAAAAAGUCAUCGUUAUGAAGCCAGGAGUGGAAAAUUUCGCCGCAAGUACGGAUUCGGGAUUACAGAUGCCCAUUGUGAGAAUUGAGAAGCAACGAACGAUGCUUGGAUCGGGGUCUUGUGAAAGCGGGAUUUUGUCAGAAUACGAAUUUCCGAUAGAUCUGAAUUGGGAGUUCCCGCGAAUGCAGUUGACCAUGGGACGGAGCUUGGGGGAGGGAGCUUUCGGUAAAGUUGUUAUGGCAGAAGCUCAUGGACUGAUAAGGAGCGGGGUGUCAACUGUUGUGGCUGUUAAAAUGUUAAAAGAGGGCCACACCGACACCGACGUCAAAGAUCUCGUCUGCGAAAUGGAAGUAAUGAAGAUGAUUGGCAAACAUAUCAACAUCAUCAACUUACUGGGAUGCUGUUGUCAAGACGGACCCUUAUUCGUGAUUGUAGAAUUCGCUCCUCAUGGCAAUUUGAGAGACUUUUUGCGAAAACAUCGACCUUCUUCGGGCUACGAAUGCAGUGACGGCGAAGAAAAAGAGACAAAAACCUUGACACAAAAAGAUUUAGUCUCUUAUUCGUAUCAAGUGGCACGCGGAAUGGAGUAUUUAGCAUCACGAAGAUGCAUCCAUCGCGACUUGGCAGCCCGUAAUGUGCUCGUCAGUGACGACUAUAUAAUGAAAAUUGCUGAUUUUGGCUUGGCACGUGACAUUCACAGUCAAGAUUACUACAGAAAAACGACUGAUGGAAGACUUCCCGUCAAAUGGAUGGCUCCGGAAUCGCUCUUUGAUAAAGUUUAUGAUACCCAGAGUGAUGUUUGGUCCUAUGGAGUACUUCUUUGGGAGAUCAUGACACUCGGAGGCACACCAUACCCAUCAGUGCCUUCCGUCAAAAAUUUAUUUGAAUUACUCAGGAAAGGCGAACGAAUGGAAAAACCUCCUCUUUGCUCGAAUGACAUAUACAUUUUGAUGCGCGAAUGCUGGAAUUACGUGCCGAACGAACGUCCAACCUUUAGCGAAAUCGUUGAAGAUCUCGAUAGAAUUUUAAGUGUGACUGCAAAUGAAGAAUAUUUAGACUUAGGAUUACCACAAUUAGAUACUCCGCCGUCCAGCGAUGACGAAAGUGACGAUGACGUGACAAGGGAAUUCCCCUUUUUACUAUAAGAUGAAUGUAAGUUGAUGAUAAGUGCCCAAAAUACUCCGCCCGCACGCAUCACAAGCUGAAAAUUGUAAGAUAAUCAAAAAUGGCGGGAAAACUGUUAGUUUUUAGGUUAGGUAGACAAUAACUAGUCAAUAUUUUGUAUAUUUUUUAGAUUUAUUUUUUGAUUUAAGACAAGUUUUACAUUUUUUUUUUUGUCUAAGAAAGCUCUCAAGCAAUAAUUAGUAGAUUUAAGUUAUUUAUGAUGAAAUUUUAGUAUUAGCGGAAGCAAUGAAAAUUUUGGUUAGAGAAAAAAGCGUCCUUUCUUGUGUAUAAGAUCUGUGUAAAAAGUUAAUAUUACAAGUACA